CUUGUCCGUCACGUGCAGCGGCCCGGCCUCCCCGGCUCGCUGCGCGCCUGGAGGGGCUGGAGGGGGCGGGCCCCGAGAGCUGCUGCGCCUGCGUUGUGGACAUUUUCUGUGAGCAGCUGCCGCCGCCGUUGCUGCCGCCGCCGCUGCUGCUGCCACCACCUUGUUCGGGUGUAGAAUUUGGAAUCCCUGCGCCUCACUAACAAUGAAGCAGAGUUCGAAUGUGCCGGCCUUCCUCAGCAAGCUGUGGACCCUGGUGGAGGAGACCCACACCAAUGAGUUCAUCACCUGGAGCCAGAAUGGUCAGAGUUUUUUGGUUUUGGAUGAACAAAGAUUUGCAAAAGAAAUCCUUCCCAAAUACUUUAAGCACAAUAACAUGGCAAGUUUUGUGAGACAACUGAAUAUGUAUGGUUUUCGUAAAGUGGUACAUAUUGACUCUGGAAUUAUAAAGCAAGAACGAGAUGGUCCUGUUGAAUUUCAACAUCCAUACUUCAAACAAGGCCAGGAUGAUUUGCUGGAGAAUAUUAAAAGAAAGGUUUCAUCUUCUAAACCAGAAGAAAAUAAAAUUCGUCAAGAAGACUUAACAAAAAUUAUGAGUAGUGCUCAGAAAGUUCAAAUAAAACAAGAAACUAUUGAGUCCAGGCUUUCUGAAUUAAAAAGUGAGAAUGAAUCUCUUUGGAAGGAGGUGUCAGAAUUACGAGCAAAGCAUGCACAACAGCAGCAAGUUAUUCGAAAGAUUGUCCAGUUUAUUGUCACAUUGGUUCAGAAUAACCAACUUGUGAGUUUAAAACGUAAACGGCCUCUACUUCUGAAUACUAACGGAGCUCAGAAGAAGAAUCUCUUUCAGCACAUAGUCAAAGAACCAGCGGAUAGUCACCAUCAUAAAGUUCCACACAGUAGGACUGAAAGUCUAAAAACAAGAGAGCGGAUUUCAGAUGACAUCAUUAUAUAUGAUGUUACUGAUGAUAAUGCAGAUGAAGAAAAUAUCCCAGUUAUUCCAGAAACAAAUGAAGAUGUUAUAUCCGACCCUUCCAACUGUAGCCAGUACCCUGAUAUUGUCAUUGUUGAAGACGAUAAUGAGGAUGACUAUGCACCCGUUAUUCAAAGUGGAGAUCCUUGCGAACCAGCCAGAGACUCCCUCAGUUCAGCCAGUGAUGGCAGUAGCCCGCUCAUGUCUAGUGCUGUGCAGCUCAAUGGUUCAUCCAGCCUGACCUCAGAAGAUCCUGUGAGCAUGAUGGAUUCCAUUUUGAACGAUAACAUCAACCUUUUGGGAAAGGUUGAACUGUUGGAUUAUCUUGACAGUAUUGACUGCAGUUUAGAGGACUUCCAAGCUAUGCUAUCAGGAAGGCAAUUUAGCAUAGACCCAGAUCUCCUGGUUGAUCUUUUCACUAGUUCUGUGCAGAUGAAUCCCACAGAUUACAUCAAUAAUACAAAAUCAGAGAAUAAAGGAAUAGAAACUAACAAGAACAAUAUAGUUCAGCCAGUUUCUGAAGAAGGAAGAAAAUCUAAAUCCAAAGCAGAUAAGCAACUUAUCCAAUACACUGCCUUUCCACUUCUUGCAUUCCUCGACGGGAACCCUGCUUCUACUGUUGAACAGGGGAGUGCAACAUCAUCAGAAGUUAUGUCUUCUGUAGAUAAACCCAUAGAAGUUGAUGAGCUUCUGGAUAGUAGCCUGGAUCCAGAACCAACCCAAAGUAAGCUUGUUCGCCUGGAGCCAUUGACUGAAGCUGAAGCUAGUGAAACCACUCUGUUUUAUUUAUGCGAACUUGCUCCUGCAUCUCUGGAUAGUGAUAUGCCACUUUUAGAUAGCUAA